ACGCAGGCGCGGGGGGCCGUGUCCUGAACCCCACGCGGGAGCUUGUGGAGUCCCCAGCCGCCGCUUCUCACUUCACUGGAGAAGGGGCGGGGAGGGAGCCAAUAAAGAGUGAAUGUGCUGCAGCCGCUGUGGCGGCGGGAGUCGGUGCGAGCGACACCGGAGUCGUGCGCCCGGAAGGCGGCGGGGGGAGGCGGUUCACCUCGUCCCUCGCACCCGCCCCUCCUUCUCUCUUUUCCUUUGGCUGGUCCCAGAACCGAGCUCGGUCUGGCCCCUCCGCCCCCCAUCCCGCACCGGUCCACCUCCUCCGAGUCCCAGUCCUCACCUAGGGCGUCCCAAAGUGCCAUGGGUUAGGGUGGGGACCGAGAGCCCCGCGAAAGGACCAGCCCUGAGCAUCCGCCGGGGGGCGCGGAGUCGGAUCGCCGCUAGCAGCUGGCGGGCGCCGGGCACUGGGAGCGCGGUGCAAGCAAGCAACCCGGGAGCACUCAGGAGCCGCGGAGCCCGGCGCCGGGAGGAGGCGGCGGAGCAGAGCCGGGGAUCGGAAGGAGCCUAGGGAGGGCGAGGAGGCGGGCGGGGAAGCCGGGGAAAAGUGCAGCCGGGAGGAGCAGGCGGCGGAAGGUGGGGAUUGAUGCUUCUGUUUUUUGUUGCCGCUGCUGCCCUCACGCUGGGAGCCGAGCCCGAGGGAAGGUGGUGGAGAGAUGAUUGCAGAGUUGGUGAGCAGCGCUCUGGGGCUCGCCUUGUAUCUCAACACCCUGAGUGCGGAUUUCUGCUACGAUGACAGCCGUGCUAUCAAGACGAAUCAGGACCUCCUCCCAGAAACCCCAUGGACACACAUUUUCUACAAUGAUUUUUGGGGGACUCUUCUAACUCACAGCGGUAGCCACAAGUCCUACCGGCCACUCUGCACUCUUUCUUUUCGACUGAACUAUGCUAUUGGAGGACUGAAUCCUUGGAGCUACCAUCUUGUCAAUGUCCUGUUGCAUGCGGCUGUCACCGGUCUCUUCACACACUUCUCCAAGGUCCUCCUUGGGGAUGGAUACUGGACUUUCAUGGCUGGUUUGAUGUUCGCUUCUCACCCCAUUCACACAGAGGCAGUGGCAGGCAUCGUAGGACGGGCAGAUGUUGGUGCCAGUCUCUUCUUUCUCCUCUCCUUGCUCUGCUACAUUAAGCACUGUUCUACAAGAGGCUACAGUGCCAGGACUUGGGGCUGGUUCCUGGGGACUGGACUGUGUGCAGGAUGCAGCAUGUUGUGGAAGGAACAAGGAGUGACUGUCCUAGCAGUUUCAGCUGUUUAUGAUGUCUUUGUAUUUCACAGGCUCAAAAUGAAACAGAUCUUACCUACCAUUUACAAAAGGAAGAACUUGUCUCUUUUUCUCAGCAUUAGCUUGUUAUCUUUGUGGGGGACCUCCCUUUUGGGUGCCCGGUUUUACUGGAUGGGAAACAAACCACCAAGCUUUUCCAACUCUGACAACCCAGCAGCUGACUCAGACAGCCUCCUGGCUCGUAUGCUCACCUUCUUCUAUUUGCCCACCAAGAACCUCUGGCUGUUGCUCUGCCCAGACACCCUCAGCUUUGACUGGUCGAUGGAUGCCGUGCCUCUCCUCAAAACAAUUUGUGACUGGAGAAAUCUACACACCGUGGCCUUCUAUACUGGACUCCUCCUCCUUGCCUACUGUGGUUUGAAGACCCCAAGCAUAGAACGAGAAUGCAAUGGGAAAGCUGUGACAAAUGGCAAGCAAAAUGCAAAUGGCCAUAGCUGCCACUCAGAUGUGGAGUACCGGAACUCAGAGGUUAAGCCCAGCUUUGCAUCCAAAGUAGAGAAUGGCAUUAAAAAUAGCGUAUCACAAAAAACACAGCUCCCUUCCACCGAGAACAUUGUCGUUCUGUCCUUAUCUUUGUUGAUAAUACCCUUUAUUCCCGCCACGAACCUGUUUUUCUAUGUCGGCUUUGUAAUUGCAGAGCGUGUAUUAUAUAUUCCUAGCAUGGGCUUCUGCCUCCUGAUCACAGUGGGUGCCAGAGCCCUUUAUGUCAAGGUCCAAAAGCGGUUUCUCAAGAGCUUGAUUUUUUAUGCUACAGCCACAUUAAUUGUUUUCUAUGGACUCAAGACUGCGAUCAGGAAUGGAGACUGGCAGAAUGAGGAGAUGCUGUAUAGGUCAGGGAUAAAAGUAAACCCAGCGAAAGCAUGGGGUAACCUUGGAAAUGUUCUGAAGAGUCAGAGCAAAAUUUCUGAAGCUGAAAGCGCCUAUAGAAAUGCUUUGUACUACCGCAGCAACAUGGCUGACAUGCUGUAUAAUUUAGGGUUGCUCCUCCAGGAGAACAGCCGGUUUGCAGAAGCACUACAUUAUUAUAAACUGGCCAUCGGGAGCAGGCCUACCCUAGCUUCUGCAUAUUUGAACACCGGCAUUAUUUUGAUGAACCAAGGAAAGACAGAAGAAGCCCGACGUACAUUCCUAAAGUGUUCUGAGAUCCCAGAUGAAAACCUAAAGGACCCUCAUGCCCACAAGAGCUCUGUUACCAGCUGUCUGUACAACCUGGGGAAACUCUAUCAUGAGCAGGGCCACUAUGAGGAAGCCCUGAGUGUCUACAAGGAAGCAAUUCAGAAAAUGCCAAGGCAGUUUGCCCCGCAGAGCUUAUAUAACAUGAUGGGUGAAGCAUACAUGCGGCUAAGUAAACUUCCUGAAGCAGAGCAUUGGUACAUGGAAUCCUUGAGAUCCAAGACCGACCACAUCCCUGCUCAUCUCACCUAUGGGAAACUGCUUGCUCUAACAGGUCGUAAAAGUGAGGCUGAAAAGUUCUUCUUGAAGGCUAUUGAGCUGGAUCCCACCAAAGGAAACUGUUACAUGCAUUAUGGGCAGUUUCUUCUGGAAGAAGCUCGCCUCAUAGAAGCAGCAGAGAUGGCGAAAAAAGCAGCUGAGCUGGACAGUACGGAGUUUGAUGUUGUCUUCAAUGCUGCCCACAUGCUCAGACAAGCUAGCCUCAAUGAAGCAGCUGAGAAGUAUUAUGACCUGGCAGCAAGACUGAGACCUAAGUACCCAGCUGCUCUGAUGAACCUUGGAGCCAUUUUGCAUCUCAAUGGCCGACUCCAGAAGGCUGAGGCCAACUACCUGAGAGCUCUACAGCUGAAACCAGAUGAUGUCAUCACACAGUCCAAUCUUCGAAAGCUGUGGAACAUCAUGGAAAAGCAAGGCUUAAAGACCUCCAAGACCUGACACAUCAGGACCAACCUCCUCCUCCUCCUCUUGUAAAGCUGGCUUCAUUAACAGAUAUCUUCCCAACAGUGCUAUGAUAAAAGCUUUUUGGGAAUCUCAAGCCCAGGGCAGAGGUCAUCAAGGUCACUGCCACUGGUCCAAGAAGAAUCCACUUUGCUGUUGACACAGUCCUUAACACCAAAAAGGGGAACAUUGGAAACCUGGAGGGUGUAAUUGUUACCCAUAGACUGUAAACCAGAGCACUUAACAGGAUCUUUUGGCAUUCUUAAGAGAGAGGGGGCAUCUCAGUUGCAAAAUGUGUUCAUUUUUGAAAGUUAAGUUCAAAGUUAUAUUGUUCAUUAAACACUGUGAGAAGUCAGAAAGUCAUCCAGCCACAGAGUAAUUAAAGGUUAAGUGUAAACAGGGAGUGAUUAAUGCAGUAUGAACCAGUGAGCUACCAGUUGUCCUGCCUGUCUUCCUUCUUUGGGGACAGCCUGUUUAUCAGUUUCUGAAGCUUAGAAAACUUUUAUUUUAACAUUGUGUCCAGAUCUUUCAGAAUCUGCACUUGUUUCUUGACUUGAGCGUUUUGUGGUUGGAUGUCCCAGGCCUAUCACUUUUGAACACCAUUUGCUCUCAUAUUACAAAAAAGACAUUGAAAGUAGAGCUAACCACACUUCACACUGGUGGUGUAAAGAGAGGCUGGGAGGCCUUGGGUGUGUGUCACACAGGUAUUUUUAUUUUGAUGUGGUCUGUGUUUUCCUCAAACCGUGUAGAACUCAUUGUAUUAAUUCUUUUGAAAUUGUGUUUUUUGAAGGCUAUUCCUGGUUAAUGUACAAGCUUACAUACAGCUGAAACAAAGGGAGGUUUAUAUGAGCUCCUGUUCUGGUAUUUAACUGAUAGUGAUUGUACAAAAGGGAAAAAAAUCCCUUUGUACUUCCUGGUCAAAGGUGGUUAAAACUAGUGUGUGCUGAGGAGUAUAAAUGGUCUGUUCUUAAUGACUGCGUUUCAGUGAGAGUUGCUGUGAAAUGCUAAUCAGCUUCUAACAGAUACCUGAAUAGCAGUGCAGAUAAAUCUUCAAAGGCUUAUUUUUAUUGCAUUCUGCUCUUCCUGAAAGAUGUCAAAAAUAACUUAUUUAAGCUGCAGUAGAGUCCAGCAUUAGCGUGGAAAUGUCUAGGUCUUCUGCUAAAUGCAUUUCUCAGUUCAAAACUAUCACUAGCAAAAGGGGUAUUUUAUUUCUUUACCUGUUAUUAGGCAUUUCAAUGACCAUAUUUGAGUAAAUAUCUAUAAAUGAAAUAGAGAAGAAUGCAUCUUGAAUAACUCUUGAUCUGUACUCCAACUUGGCUACUAAAACUUAAUUUUCUAAAACAGCAAUCUAUUAUCAGCUUCUUUAUAGAGAAAUUAGCUAUUCUAUACCCUUCAUAUUUAUUUAUUUAUUAUCUUACCAUAGCAGACUAACAAAUAAAUUGAUUUUCUUAAGCCAGAUAUUUGCAACUAAAGAUUAACUUUUUCUCCUUCCCUCUCACAACCCAUGUAAAUAUAUGAUUGAUGUUUCCAUUAAAGGGAAGCUGGAUGUGCAAAAAAAAUCAUACUAUGUUUUCUCUUUGUAUUAAUCAUUGUAUUAUGUAUCUGAAUACAGUGGGAUAAAGAAUUUAAAGUAGUGUUCCUAUGACAUUAGUCUCUGUGAGAAGGGCAGAUGUAGUGAGAGUUUUUGAUGGCAUUAAUGAGAGGGCCCUCCUAUCAUGAGUAUAUUAUUUUGUAAACAUUUCACUCAAGGGCCAAAGUUAAAUUGUAAUGAAAUCACUGUGUUUUCAGAAUAAUAUUUAACAUUAACAACAAAAAACCCAAUGGUCAAACCAAAAAUAGUGGGUUGUAGCAUACAUUUCAUCUUCUAAUGUAUUGGCAAUUGCAAAAAAAAAAAAAGGAAUCUAA